AUGUUGGCCUACACGAAUCCUGCAACCGACACGGAAGCUGGCUCACGCGCCGGCCUCACGCGGACUCCUAUGAUGGAGCAUCCCCUUUCACAGCUCCACCUUAAUCAUGAGUGGGUCGGUAAUGUUUGGCUCCGGAGUCUUGGACUGUCACAGUACCGUCGCGCCUUCAUGGAAUGUCUUGUAGACGGUCGCAUGCUGGAGCACCUGACGAAGCGGGAUCUACGAACACACCUUAAGAUCGUAGAUGGAUUCCACCGCUUGAGUCUUCAAUGUGGAAUCGCUCUACUCAAACGCUUCAACUACGACAUGGCUGCGAUUGAACGGCGGCGCGCCCUCUGUCAGAAUCAGGAUACAGACCUAAUUGUCUGGACCAAUGAACGUGUCACCACUUGGUUAGCCUCACUUAACCUGAUUGGACCGAACACGACCCUGGACCAGUCCGGACUACACGGAGCCGUCGUGGCGCUGGACAGCGAAUUCGACGUUCCUACACUGGCGACCAUGCUGCAACUUCCUAACUCCAAUCUUCAGGCUCGGUAUGAAGAGUUGACUGCUUGUUUUAUGUGA